AUUGCAACUUGAUCUAAUUUUAAUUUACAAAAUAGUGCCUCCCCUCUUAUAGAACAAAUUAUUUUUUUCCAUGAUCAUACCUUAAUUAUUUUAAUUAUAAUUACUAUUUUAGUAGGAUAUAUUAUAAUUAAUUUAUUUUUCAAUAAAUUUAUUAAUCGAUUUUUACUUGAAGGUCAAAUAAUUGAAUUAAUUUGAACUGUUUUACCAGCAAUUACUUUAAUUUUUAUUGCUCUACCUUCUCUUCGCUUGUUAUAUUUAUUAGAUGAAUUAAAUAAUCCUCUUAUUACUUUAAAAACUAUUGGACAUCAAUGAUACUGAAGUUAUGAAUACUCAGAUUUUAAUAAUAUUGAAUUUGACUCUUAUAUAAUUGCUAGUAAUGAACUUCCUUCUAAUAAUUUUCGUCUUUUAGAUGUAGAUAAUCGUAUUAUUUUACCCAUAAAUAAUCAAAUUCGAAUUUUAGUUACUGCUACAGAUGUAAUUCACUCUUGAACUAUUCCAUCUUUAGGAGUUAAAGUUGAUGCAAAUCCAGGUCGUCUAAAUCAAACUAAUUUCUUUAUUAAUCGUCCAGGAAUUUUUUAUGGUCAAUGCUCAGAAAUUUGUGGAGCAAAUCAUAGUUUUAUACCUAUUGUUAUUGAAAGAAUCUCAAUUAAAAAUUUUAUUAAUUGAAUUAAUAAUUAUUCCU